AGCAGCUGAAGGAGGUGAAGGGGACCUGCGGCACCUGCUGAAGCUGCACCGCACCGAGAUCGCCAUGGCGGUGGACGACGUCUUCCCGCUGCUGCACGGCCUGGCCGACCAUGACGUUGUCCCUGAGCAUGUCUUCAAGGAGACGCUGAGCUGGACGGAGCGCGAGGGCUCCCACCGUGCUUUCCACGCGCUGCUCACUUGGCUGCUGAGCCGUGACGCUGCCGUCAUCCGCGAUUUCUGGGCUGUGCUCUUCAAGGACUACAACCUGGAGCGGUACAGCCGCCUCCGGCCCCUUCGCGGCACCUUCCCCAGAGAGGUGGAGCUGGGGCGGCAGCGCCGCAGCAGGCGUCUCUCCCCGAGCCCCAUGGUGCCAGCCCCGCACAGACCCCACGGCAAGAGGAAAGCCCCCGAGGAGAGGGACGGGGCUCGAGCGGCACAGCCCUCCCCACGGCACACAGCCAGCCCCGGGCCCCCACCGAAGGCGAGGACUGUGAAGAAGUCAGAGGGCGCAGAUGCCCCUCGUGGGCCUCGUGCCGCCGCCCUCCAGGCGGUGGCCACCUCGGUGCAGAGAGCGGUGGCCAUGGCGGGCAGCGAGGUGCCCGUCACACGCGGGGCCAUCGAGGGCAUCCUCAUCAAACACGUGCUGGAGCCAGGCAGCUCCAAAGUGGGCAGCAAAGCUGGGGAUGAGCUCUAUGCCCCGACCGCCUGUGAGGAGCUGGGAGCCAGGAGCAGAAGCUGCAGCCUGAAGCCCCCUGCCCGGCCCAAGGCAUCCCAGAGCAGCAGGGAGCCCCAGCUGCACCCCCAGGACCGGCUGCCAGCACCCACCGUGCACAGCCAGGACCUUGUGCCCAACCAGGAGAAUGAGGACGAGUGCGCAGUGUGCGGUGACGGCGGCGAGCUCAUCUGCUGCGACGGCUGCCCCAGGGCCUUCCACCUCGCCUGCCUGGUGCCCCCGCUGCCUCGCGUCCCCAGUGGGAUGUGGCGCUGUGCCUCCUGCACGGCGAGCGUGGCCGAACCAGGUGGGCAGCGGGAGGUGGAUGUGGCUGCGGAGCGACCCUCCAACAUCCCAGGAGAGGAGGCUGGCGGUGCCCGGUGCGGCAGAGGUGAUGGGGGUGUCUGUGGCCGCUGCUUCACCCGGAUCCCCGCACCGCGGCAGUGCCCUGCGCCUGGUGCAGACCCCAGGUGA